GUUCACCAUGUCCCAUUGCUCUCAUCCAGCGAAAUAACAGCUUCAAUUUCAUUCUCCUAUCAUAUCCCCUCUGAAACAACACAAAAUGGCUUCCAAGAAGCUAGUCGUUGCAGGCGGAGGCGGCUUCUUAGGAGCCAGAAUCUGCAAACAUGCUGCGGCCAGAGGCUGGUCCGUGACAUCUCUAAGUCGAUCCGGAGAACCGCAAUGGGAUCUCGUCACAGGUUCCCGCGAACGGCCCAGCUGGGCAAGCUCCGUUCAAUGGACACGGGCGGAUAUCCUCAAGCCAGAGACCUAUAAGCCAUUUUUGGGCGGUGCCAGUGCCGUCGUUCAUACCAUGGGCAUUCUGCUCGAGGCGGACUACAAGGGCAUUGUGCAGGGGAGGGAAUCUAUUUUCAGCGGCUUGCAGAGGGCGUUCAGCUCGUCGAAGUUGGGAAGCCAGAAUAUUCGGCAGAGGAAGGAAGGGGAAGCGCUACGGCCGCAGGAGAAGGAUGGGCAAUUGACUUAUGAGCUCAUGAAUAGAGAUUCUGCUAUCGCAUUGGCGCAAGAAUCCUUCAACGAGAAAGUUCCGACCUUCGUAUUCAUCUCUGCCGCCAGCGGUGCGCCAAUCCUUCCAAGCAGGUAUAUCACAACUAAAAGAGAAGCAGAAUCGACCAUCUCCGCCUUGCUACCAGAACUGCGGAGUAUCUUUAUUCGACCGGGUUUUAUGUAUGACUCGAGCAGGAAGCUCACGCUCCCGAUCGCCUUGGGUGGUUUCCUAGGUCACGAAGCCAAUUCUCUCCUUGGAAAUAGACUCGGUUUCCUAGGGACCAUGGUAGAGAAGCCACUGCAGGUUGAUGUUGUCGGUCAGGCCGUGGUCGAGGCAAUCGAGGACGAAUCAACGCACGGGGCGGUCGGGCUAAAUCAAAUAGAAGCGCUGGCGACCAAAGCCUGGAGGAAGAGUAUGCUCUGA